ACUGUUCAGCACCGUGUCCGCUAGCGCCCCCGGCACGUGACGCUGGAACUCGCAGGCGCCCACGCGGCCCCCGCCUCGCGAGCCUCAAGAUGGCGUCGCUCUGGUGUCUGGGGCGCUGUUGAAUGGAGAAAGCUUUAUUGUUCCCCCUGCCGCCGCCACCAUCCCCAUCACCUCCUGGAGCCCGAGUGUUCGCGUGUCCUCCAAGCCGCUGUCAAUAAAGAACAUACAGUUUGAAUCGGCGGCUCCGAGCAGCCGGUGCUGAUCAUCAAGAGAGGCAUUUUGGCAGAAGGACUGAACGGUGCUGUUGUUGCCCCUGGCUGGAGCAAUGGAACUUCCCAACUAUAGCCGCCAGUUACUGCAGCAGCUGUAUACGCUCUGCAAGGAGAGACAGUUCUGUGACUGCACCAUUUCCAUUGGGACCGUUUAUUUCAGGGCCCAUAAGCUGGUCUUGGCUGCCGCCAGCCUCCUCUUUAAAACAUUACUGGAUAGUACAGAUACAAUCUCUAUCGAUGCCUCUGUCGUGAGUCCAGACGAGUUUGCUCUCCUGUUAGAAAUGAUGUACACUGGGAAGCUCCCUGUGGGCAAACACAACUUCUCCAAGAUUAUCUCCCUAGCUGACAGCCUACAGAUGUUUGACGUGGCAGUUAGCUGUAAGAACCUGCUUACCAGCCUCGUGAGCUGCUCUGGUUCAAGUCAAGUAAUAAGAGACGCUUCCCCUCAGACGAUGGAGCUGUGCCUCAAAGACACCGAUGGACUGCCGGUCGAGAACCCUUCCCUGAAGAACGUGAUCGUAUCUCCCCAUUCUGGAGAGGUUCCCUGCCCUCCCGAGGCCCUGAAGGCAGACACUGUGGUGGUGGUUAGUGCUGUGACACAAGAGACUGGUGAAGUGGACCCCACCAUGGAGCAGCAGGAGCUUGAUAUGGAUUCUGCCGCCGCCCAGGAAGAAGUUCUGGAAAUGGAAAUGAAGAGCACAGCUUCACCGAGAGAGACUUCCACCGUCCCCCAAAUGCAUUCUCUUUCUCCUGGGAAAGAAACUAUAAAUGAGGAUGGGGAGGAGGUGGUGGCGGCAUGUACACCUCAGGAAGUAACAGAGAACACCACAGAGGCAGAGCAUGAGAGGAAAACGUAUAAGCUGGAUUUCCUUCUGCAAAAUGAAAGCAUCUUCUCGAAAGCGCUCUCUGAUGCCCAGGAUGUAAUGAAAAGACUCCAUGAGUGUAGAGACAUUACAAGUCCCCAUAAGGAGGCUAUCUUGGAGUGUCUUGAAGCUAAAGAAGGAAUCUCAGCCUUCAAAAGAAUUCUCAGCAAAGUAGGAAAUGGGGAGUUCCUCAAUGUUGAGACUGUGGUGUCUUUGUUGGGAAUGUUCCAGGACACCCAUCCUGCAAUAAAAGCAGCUCUGCAAAAACCAGAUCCAGAAGAUGGAGAAAACAUGCCUCUAAGAGGGAGCACAGAGGAGGGAAAGACCUUGUCCAUCCUUUUACUGGAACACAAAGAGGAGCUGAUAGAGAGCAUAACCCAGCUGAGACCCAUCAGGGAGUUCCUGGAGACGGCCCCGGGGGAGCUCCUGACCGGAGUGGAAAAGGAGGUGAUCUUGAAUUGCUGCGAGGGCGGAACACCCAAGGAGACAAUAGAAAAUUUGUUGCACCGAGUGACUGAAGAGAAAACAUUGACUGCUGAGAGUCUGGUUAAACUCCUCCAGGCUGUGAAGCUCACAUUCCCCGGCUUGGACCUUGUGCUACAGGAUUUACAGAAACGAGCAAGUGUGCCGAGCACCACAGUCCAACCAAGCCCUGAUGAUUAUGGGACUGAGCUCUUGAGACGGUACCACGAAAACCUCUCUGAAAUGUUCACCGACAAUGAGAUGUUCCUAAAGGUUAUCUCAUCUGCAAACAAUCUAACUUCUGGAGAAAGAGAGGCCAUGGAACAGCUUGUGAAAGGCGGCAGCAGUGGCCGUGGUGGCUUUGGCUCCCUGGUCUCUGCGGUGCUGGAAGGACGAGCUCGGCUGGGGAGGGCCGUUUGGAAGGUGCUGCUGGGGGCACAGACGGCUGAGCCGUGCCCAUUGAACCUGCUCAUGGAGGAGAUGCAGAAGGAGCCUGGCGCUGACUAUUUCUUCCAAGCAGUGGCCACCCUAGAAAGCGCUACUAUAGAAAUCAUCUUGAGACAUGGCAAGCUAAUCACCGAGGCCAUUCAGCCGAGAGCUGAGCUAAAGUGCCUCACUCCAGGAGAUGAGAGACCGGCCGAGGCCGUGAAGGAGAUUCUGAGUGUUUCCUGUGAGCCAGCCAGCCCUGAAGCCUCCCUGAAAGCCGCUCUCAGCAGAGCCCAGGAAAAGCCGCUCCCCACCAUGGAGAUCUGCCGCCUUCUCUGCAGUCUUCAGGAGGUCUUUCCAGGCCUGCAGGCCGUCCUGCGAGAGCUGGGGGGCCUGGGCCUCCUCGCCAAGGACAAGGAGCAGGGCGGUCCCGAGCGGUGGAAGGUGCCCGAGGAGCUGGGGGAAGCCUCGGCUGAGAGUCCUGCUGAGCCCAUGGAAGGGAGUGACCAGGAGAAGCAGGCGGCCGUGGCUGAGGAUCCGGAGAGCAGCGCCGCCCCCUCUCCCAAGAAGAGCUUUGUCUGCACGGCCUGUGACAAGAGCUUCCAUUUCUACUGCCGCCUCAAGGUGCACGCAAAGCGCUGCCGCGCGGCCCAGGGCAAACAGGUGCCAUGCCGAGAGUGUGGCGAGACGAAGGCCUCCAAGAAGGAGCUGGAGAAGCACCUGCAGGAGGCCCAUGGUGGGGCCGGGGUGCUGGGCACCCCGAAGAAGAAGAAGAAGAGGCUCCCGGUGACCUGCGACAUCUGCGGGAGAGAGUUCGCUCACGCCUCCGGAAUGCAGUACCACAAGCUGACGGAACAUUUCGACGAGAAGCCUUUUUCAUGUGAAGAAUGCGGGGCCAAAUUUGCAGCCAACUCGACCCUGAAGAACCACCUCCGCCUUCACACUGGGGAUCGCCCUUUCAUGUGCAAGCACUGCCUCAUGACGUUCACACAGGCAUCCGCCCUGGCUUACCACACCAAGAAGAAGCAUGCCGAAGGAAAGAUGUACGCCUGUCAGUACUGCGACGCUGUGUUUGCCCAGUCAAUUGAGCUGUCUCGGCACGUGCGGACCCACACCGGAGAUAAGCCAUACGUCUGCCGAGAGUGUGGCAAAGGCUUCCGACAGGCCAACGGCCUCUCCAUCCACCUUCGAACCUUCCAUAAUAUAGAUGAUCCCUAUGAUUGCAAGAAGUGUAGAAUGAGUUUUCCCACCCUGCAAGAUCAUCGCAAUCACAUUCAUGAGGUCCAUUCCAAGGAGUACCAUCCCUGCCAAACGUGUGGGAAAAUCUUCAGCGCCCCGUCCCUGCUGGAGCGACAUAUGGUGACCCAUGUGGGAGGGAAGCCUUUCAGCUGUGGCAUCUGCGACAAGGCCUACCAGCAAUUGUCUGGUUUGUGGUAUCACAAUCGGACCCACCACCCAGAUGUGUUUGCCGCCCAGAACCACAGGUCCUCUAAGUUCUCUUCACUGCAGUGCAGCUCCUGCGACAAGACCUUUGCCAGCACAGCUGCUCACAAGAAGCAUGUCAAGGCAGAGCAUGCAGACGUGAAGUUCCACGAGUGUGAGACCUGCCAGGAGCUCUUUCCCACACUGGCUUUGCUUCAAGUUCAUGCCAAGUGCCGGCAUUCAGGUUCCCAGCCGUUCAGGUGCCUGUACUGUACAGCGUCUUUCCGCUUCCCCGGAGCCCUGCAGCACCACGUGGCCACUGAGCACUUCCGGCAGACUGAGAACACGUUCCCUUGCGAGAUGUGUGGAGAGCUCUUCACCUCCCAGACCCAGCUAGAAGCGCACUUUGAGUCUGAACAUGGGAACGUCGUGGUCACUGAAGCCCAGGUCGCAACCGCUGCCACCCAGAUGGUGCAGGUGAUCCAGGCUCCGGAGCCCGGAGCGGCGGCCGAGCAGGUGAUCACAUUGGAGGAGACCCCUCUGGCUGGAUCCCAGGUGUUUGUGACGUUGCCGGACUCCCAGACUCCUCAGGCCAGCUCGGAGCUGGUGGCAGUGACAGUGGAGGACUUACUGGAUGGAACCGUGACCCUCAUCUGUGGAGAGGCCAAGUAAAAACUGCUCAGGAGCCUCUGUGAGAUGUCACCAUGCAGUGACAGCCUUUAGGUAGAGUUCUGAGCUGUGCAGGCUUAGGAGGUUGUGCCACAGAGCCCAGAAUGUUCUGAAACACUCAGUGUCUCGGGCGGUGACGCCGACCCCAGCCUGGCCUCUCCCCAACUGCUUUCGGCCUAAAAUCAAGUGUUGCUUCCACAACCCAUGCCCAAUGAGCAUUGUGAUUACAGGCAGCCCCCAAUAGACAGAAUGGACAUGGCCAGACAGAUUUUUUUAAAAGAUCUUUGUAUGAAAUUCCUUAGCAAGGCAUCAGGCACCUCCAGCCCGGGCCUGUUCUACCCUGCCCAUCCUUGCUGAUCCCACCUGUCCAGUGUCUCCUUCUGCUGCUUGUUUCUCUGUUCCUGCCUUGGUAAGUGGGGAUCAGGAGGCCAUCUGCAUCCCGCCCCCCUCACUCAACUGCACUCCCCUUUGACCUGGGCCUUGGGCACCUUUCCUUAGCCCAGAGCUCAUGGUGAUGACUACAGCCAACCAUCCAGUAAUGGGCUCUCUUUCCUCGCUUGGUGCAGUAAUCUCUCUCUCCCUCCCAGAACAAAGGGUGUGGAGUGUUUUCUAUUGGGCUAUACCAGCUGCAGAGGCAGCCCCAGCUGGCUCUCUCCUGAGCCUUUGGAACCUUCCUUGGAAUGUGUCCUGGGUCACAGUAGCCCUUCAAGUUGUCCCUUUCAUUUGUGCCAUCUUCCCCCCUCCCCAGUGGAGGACGGGGAAAUCACUGGAGUGCCAGGUUCCUUCCUUGUAGGCAUCUGAUAAGAUGUUGGCUGCUGAAUUGGAGGGAGUAGGAUCCUUCUUGCCCCACUGUCAUGUGAGUGGCAGCUGUGGCCGCCCAUGGGCCCACGGCUCCUCACCUCCUUGGGAAGGGUUCUCAAAGCCUUGGGGCUCGGGCUGCUGCCAGAGCCCAUUUGGUAUGCCUCUCUUGUUGCUGGGGCCAUGGCCCCUCUACGACUACAUUUCCCAAAGCCUUUUAUCUGCCGUUUCCUAAAAUAUAAUCUGAUAAUUAA